UUAAUUUAACACUCAACAGACUGUUCUUUUUCUUCUUCUUCUCAAGCCCCCAACAGCUGAACCAAACCGCCAAUGAGCCCCGCAAAGUCCAAAGCCACCAUCAAUGGCCACCGUCCGUCGCCAUUGAAGAUUUCCAAAGAUUCCCAUUUCAUCCACAAAUCCACCUCCUCUUCUUCCAUAGUUUUGCCACAAGAAGCUCGUAUGGUGCAGGAGCAGAAGCAGAGACAGCCGGUAAUCAUUUACGUGUAUUCCCCAAAGAUCAUCCACACGCAGCCACGCGACUUCAUGGCCUUGGUGCAGAAACUCACAGGUUUAAAUUCCAAAUACGAUGAUUCUGAUGAUGAAAAUAAAACUACACCGUCACAGAAAAGAAAUAUUAAAGCCGACGGUUCAUUAUUAGAGGAGCAGGGUAACAUCAAAUCAGUUAAGGAGAAUGACUCGUCUCCGGGGACUACAGACGAGAAUUGUGGUCGGAUAGAUGGAAAUCAUAGCAGUGUAAAUGUUGGCGAUGUCAUUGUUGGCUCUUCUCUUGUAUCUCCAAUUAUGAACAUGGCGAACCCUUUUUUCGCUGAUAUGCCUUUGUUUACCCCGAAUUCGAUGAUGAACUUCUUUUGUUCUCCAAGGUCCAUUGACAGAUUUGAAGAUUCUGCGUAUGUGUCGUCAAACAAUGCGUAGCUAAAUCUCACCUUCUGUGCUUGACUUCUGAAAGGGCUUCCAGAAUGUGUUGACGAAGAAAUUUUAGCUACUUAACCAUUAAUUAGAUUUGCAAAUAAUGAAAUGCUUCUUGUUCUUUUUUUUUUUUUUGGGUUUGUAUCUGUUUUUUUUCCUUUGGUAACAUGAAUCAACUAGUACUGAUGGU